CUGUAAUUUUUAGCUUUAGAUAGUUGUUUCUUCGUUUCAUUGGUUUCUUCUUUAGUAAUUCUUCCAGUUGUAUGUGGUUCUUUUUUUUUCUUUUGUGGUAGUCCGUUAUCAUCCGCCUGUGCUUGCUUAAAUAUGUGCGCUUUUUCUUCAAAACCACUCAUGGAUUUAUUUGCUUUAGUGUCUCCGGCGAUCUCUGAAUUCGUUGGUGGGGCUUUGUCUUUAUUUAUGUAACAGUAUUUAGGUUCACUUCAUUCCCUUCUUUUGGGUUUUCACUUAAUAUUCCGCUUUUUGUAAUCCAUAGUGGUGCUUAUAGUGUUCUCUUCCUUGGUUUGCUUGACAUGUUGCAACGUCAAAUGCACAGGGGGAGUUGUUCUCAGGAUAGGCUGUCAUGGCUGACGACGAGCCGCAGCCCCUUAACUAUGUCCAAGAGACAGUGUUGAAGAAAAGAAAAAACAAUGAGGAAUGGGUUAUCAAGAAAAGGGAGCGAUUAGCAGAGCGAAAGAAAAGUAAAGAAAGCUUGAAGCCUGCCAUUAAAAGGCCUGAAGAGUUUGUCAAAGAAUAUCGUGACAAAGAGCUGGACUUUGUUCGCAUGAAGCAGAGGCUAAAGCUACGGAAAUCUUCCAAUGAUGCCAUAAAGUGUAAGUUACUUUUUGUUAUUCGCAUCCAUGGAUCAAGGGAUAUGCAUCCCCGGACAAGACAAAUCUUAAAUAAGUUGCGGUUGAGACAUAUCUUAAGUGGUGUAUUUCUGAAAGCCAAUGAAGCAAAUUUGAGAAUGCUUCUGACUGUAGAACCGUUCAUUACUUAUGGUUAUCCUACUUUGAAAAGUGUGAGGGAGCUUGUUUACAAGAAGGGCUGUGGAAAUAUAGAAAAGGAGAGGACUCCUCUUACUGACAACAACGUCAUUGAGCAGGCACUUGGGAAGUAUGGUAUCAUCUGUCUUGAAGAUGUCGUGCAUGAGAUCGCCACAGUGGGAUCACAUUUCAAGGAGGUUACCAGCUUCCUGUGGCCAUUCAAGCUUAAAUGCCCAGAACGCAGAUUACAGAUGAAGAAAAAGCUCUACAAGGAGGGUGGCGAUGCAGGCAACCGUGAAGAUCACAUCAAUGAGCUCAUUGAUAAGCUGAACUAAGAGGGAUGAGCUUGUGGUGGUCCAUGUCAAGCAUGGAUGACAUCAAUUAAACUAGUUUUGCCAGACUUUUUUGCUUUUUAUGGCUUGGAAAAGUAUUUAGUGGAAAUCAGUAAUGUUGUAUUCCCCGGCAUCUUUUUGUUUUCUUCUUUUAACAUCAAAAUCAUAAUCGUCUUGUCUUUUUGACUCUUUUAACAUCCUCAAUAGAUUCUUCCACUCGUCAUGUUCAUAAUUUUGUUUUAAUGAUCAUCUUUUUUCA